AUGGCGAUUCUCUGGAUCCUUGCUCGAAUGAGAAUCGCUCUUCUUCGGGCUCGCUGGCGGUUCCGUAUCGAUUGGAUCCGGCCAAUCAUCCUCACUCGGACGUCUCUCCCCGAAACGCCCCUGAACCGGUCUUGGACUGCCGCCUCCCCAACAUCCCCCGUUACCGCGGGCGACAAGGCGGUGCUUCUUGUCCGUGUUCCGACCGGCGCAGGCCGGAGCAUCGGCUCCGAGACCACUGGGAGCGGCAUUCCCACGAGGGGAGUCUCGAGCCACAAGCCCAGGGCUGUUUUCGCCGUGGUCAACCAGGACAGCGGCAAGCGCCAGGGGGCUCAGGCCCGUGACGAGGGCGAGCUGGAAUGGGAUGGAGAAGUGCAUUUUUUGUAG